AAGUUCUUGGCAAACCACUAAAGCCCGAUCCCCAGGAAGACGGAAAGAAGAGAAUGAGGACGAGCAUUCGAGUCGGUGUGCGCGCGCCGCCCUAGGCUGCUAACUCGCCUCCGAACCUUGCUUCUUCUCAUUUCUUCUCGUUAUGAGAUGACAUGCUUCGUCUCUGGGCCCCGGUCCGCGACUUUACAACAAUUCGACCCAUUCAAUCCACACUUCGUGCCCAACCCAUACGCCAAGCGAGAGCCAAGCCAACCGUAUCUCUUUGCCUUUCUUCCACAACCCUUUCGUCUUCUUGCAUUUCCUAGAUCCCCAAAUCAUCAGUCCGACGCCUGGCUCGGUCCCGUAUCGACGAUGGGGGCAGCGGCUCAUUCCCGCAACCUCUCUUUCGGCGCUCAAAUCUCUUGGCCAGGACCCAUCAAUGUCGCAGGAAGCCGUCUUGGUCGCAGGAAGCCGUCUUGGUCGCAGGGGUACAAUUUGAGGGGUCGGCUAGACCACGCUGCACGCUGCAGACGAGACAACGACGCAGCCCUUGGAAGGGAAAUAGAGAACAAAAAGGGGAUACGCUUCCAAGACACCAAGCCGGCAGGCACAAGCGGUCGGGAAAAGAGGGAGCCCAUGCCAAGGCGAAACGAAGACAACGUCCACUCUUUUACCUUUCCACGCCAUUCGGCACCCAUCGCAGGCUGCAAUGAUGCCAUUCGCAGCCCAUUAUCCCGCCCAGAAUUCCGUUCCGAUCUCCCGAUGUUGCUUUUGCGGCUUGCCUUGGAUACCCUCUCCGCCCUUGUUCACCGCCAUAUGCAUCCUGCAGUCUCACCGAAGCAGAGGAGCAAGGUUCCCUAUCUGUGAGCGAGCUGAUGGACCAGCCAAAUCACUACUUCGAGCCACGAGGUAGGCAGGGGAAGGCAUAUGCUCGCUAUCUAUCAAAUAUCAACAUGCCGAUGUUGCACGGUACGAAGACCAUGGACUACCUGGUAAAGGGGCGUUUGGUGAAGUCGAAAUCUUGGCAUGCUACCGCUGCCGUCGCCGUUGAUCAACGGA